GGGCGCUCGCGUCUGCACUGUGGGAUCUGAGCACAGUUUCCCGCUAAGGCUUCUCCCUCUGCUGGAUGAGAGCUUCUGCGGGCUGGGCACCCUCGCGCCGCCCGGCAUCUCCUCCAGCGCGGCCCUUCGUGCGUUUCCUCGGUGGUGCUCUGCUCCGGAAGACUUUCUGUUUGUUUGAUUCCUCCUUCUCCCUCUUUGUUGCUCUGAAAACCGGCCUCGCCGCAGUCCCCCACUCCGGAGGGAGUUGGAAUUCUCGAGAAAGGCGGCUGCCGCGCUCUGCACAGCCCCUCCUGCGGACCCGCCAGCCGGUGCGCCCACCCCGCCUGCCUUACCCGCCGCCUGCUUUCGUUCGUCGGAGGAAGCCAACCGAGACUUCAUUGAUGCACCCAUUCCAGUGGUGUAACGGGUGUUUCUGUGGCCUGGGACUUGUUAGCACCAAUAAGUCCUGUUCAAUGCCACCCAUCAGUUUCCAAGACCUUCCCCUCAACAUCUAUAUGGUCAUCUUUGGCACGGGCAUCUUUGUCUUCAUGCUCAGCCUCAUCUUCUGCUGCUAUUUCAUCAGCAAACUCCGGAACCAGGCACAAAGUGAACGAUAUGGCUACAAGGAGGUGGUGCUUAAAGGUGAUGCCAAGAAGUUGCAGCUCUAUGGGCAGACCUGUGCAGUUUGUCUGGAAGACUUCAAGGGGAAGGAUGAGCUAGGCGUGCUCCCCUGCCAGCAUGCCUUUCACCGCAAGUGUCUGGUGAAAUGGCUGGAAGUACGCUGCGUCUGCCCCAUGUGCAACAAGCCCAUUGCUGGUCCUACCGAGGCCACUCAGAGCAUUGGAAUCCUAUUGGAUGAGCUGGUGUGAAUGAAGGCUGCCUCUACACAGAGGCUGGAGAAGACCUCUUGGUGUAUGGAUGCCUUGUCCCUCUGCACAGCUACAAUGAACAAGACUGUUGGGUAGUGAUGGUCAUGUUCACCUGAAGGAGAGAGUGGUACAGGGCUAGGUUUCCACUAACAGGGAAAGACCCAUUGCCAGACUUCCCCUGCCUUUUUGCCUCCCGAAGCCUCCUUCCCUGUUUCUCAGUACCCAUUUCCUCACCCAGCCAGACCAUUGCUCCCUGGUACUGGACUAUCCACCUGCCUUGUUCCUGCUCUGGGAAAGAAUCCAUCCUUAUCUAGCCAUGAACAUGGAACACCCCUUCAAUGUUUCCUUCAAGAGGACAAGGUGCAUUCACCUGGAAGGGAAGAGAAGAUUCUCCCCCACCUACCAACCUCCCUCCCUGUCCCACUCUUUCCUUCCAGAGGAAGGUUAGAAUGGAAAGAAGGAAAAACUAAGGAGCGAAGCACCUUCACAGGAGGCAAGGGAGACUCUGCAUAAGUAGGGGAAAGCAGGGACCUACACAAGGAAAAAGUCAAUGUUUACACGGGACCUACCAGAACAAAGGCUGGCCAGGGCUGGCUGACUACAGGGUGAGGGGCUGAUCCCUUCCCCUGCUAGGAUCUGAGGUGCUAUCCACUCUCUCCCUCUCCCUCAGUUAUUCUCAGUUAAUCUCAGAGCUUCCUGUUCUAUGUUGGGGCUUUGAGAGUCCCUCUAGAGGAAGGGCUUGUUCUACACGCAACUGAUUCCUAGGAGCUUUUUCUAAAGGAUCGAAAGGGGCCUGGGGACGGGUGUCUGGAGGUUACAGCAGCAACAGAUAUCUGCUUCCCCUUUGUAAAUAGUAUUUUUAUACUUCAUCCUCACCAUCUCAGGCUUUUCACAUGGGACCCCCAGAACAGAGCGGGUAGGAGUCUUCUCUUCCUCCCCAGAGUAGGUGAGGGUGGGAGAAUGUUACUUAUUUAAAGAAAAUUAAAUUUAAUAACAAGUUUCUCUAACCAGAUUUUGCCUGUGGUUGUGUCCUGUGCCUGUGAGCUUCUCUGCCAGGAGAGGGAACAAAGCUCACUAACUGCCUCUCCCUACUUCUACCCAAAUGAGACAUGUACACAGAGAGAAAGUCCUAAGCCUUAUGAAUAAAAAACAAUAAUAGAUUAUUACUUGUAGAACAUACACUAGGUCUAACAUUAAUGUACAGUUAGAUCUCAUUAAUCUUAUUUCUAGAAUGUUUUUAAAGAAAGUUGCCUCAUGGAAGCUAUGGGAAGUUUUCUAGAUAACCCUGAGUGGAGUCAUCAGUAUCUGUCUUUAUGGGGUCUUCUGCCCAAGGUACACCUGUUCUCACCACCUCAUUCUUCACACUAAAGGGCAACCCUUGUUUCUCCUCAAAGUCCCCACCACUGCUUGCUGCUGCCAAUGGUAUAAAGCCUGAUCUUCAUCAGGGACACCACUUCCUCCUCUACCCCUGCUGGCUUGCUUUAGUGGGGGAAUUAAAAGCAUUUCCUAAGCAAAACAGCCUUCCCUCUAGCUCCCAUUGCAGCCUUGUGGGUGCAUUGCAGAGGUCCCAUGGGAAAAAGGUAACCUUCAGGUUGGCUUCUAUUCUUCUCCCUCGCUAGUUCCCCUUAGGAAAACUCUCCAGUGUUGAAUUCAUCCGUAUUUGCAUAAACUCUGAUGAAUAUAUUUAGCACUAAGAUGUGUGUUUCACACAUUGUCAAAUCAAUACCCUGAGGUCAAAAUGACAAGGGGAAAAAAGGCCUUGUAUUUCUAGUGCUUUCAGUUAGGUAGACCAGUAGGUACUGCAGAGCACUGAGAAGGGAAAACUGGCAGCUACGAAUUGGCAGCAGCUAAGCACAAGUUAGAUAGUCAGGUUUCCAAUUCACAGUCAUUAGUGCCAUCUUGUUACUUAGCGUUUCUAGAACACCUGCUACCUGGACAAGCACUGACAAAUAGGAAAGCCCCUGCCUUCGGGGGAGUGGCAUAAGUGCUAUCCUUUAGGUGAGCAAGCUUUUAUGGCAGAAAGACCCUUGGCUCAGCUGACAGGGAGACAAUAGCAGGGGUGCCUGCCCCUAUAUGAUACUGGAGUUUCAAAGGAGUACUGUGACCAAAGUCGCAUAAGGAUUAACCAGCUUGUUUGGGACCAGAAAGUGCAAACAGUUUUGCAUGCAUUUGAGGUAG